GAGAGGGAGGGAGAGAGGGAGGGAGAGAGAGAGGGAGAGAUGGAGGGAGAGAGGGAAAAAGGGAGAGACAAAGAUAUAGUCUGUGUAAAAGCGGAGCCCCAAGAGAGGGAGGUCUCAACCCCUCUCCUCUCUCACCUUCUCUACCCUCUUCCCCCCUCUCUCACCCCCAAGAGGAACAGGCGCAAGGCCAGUACCUCCUCUGACUCCCCCUCUCCACCCAAACGCAGAACACACACACCAAACACACACACACCCAGCCCCCUCACACACACACCAAACACACACACACCCAGCCCCCUCACACACAUCCCCAUCAUGAUUCCCAUGGCGACCUCGCUCUUCAGCCCUGACAUCAACACCAAGACCGCCUCUGACCUGCUCAUCAAACUCUCAGCAGCCACCCAGCAGGCCGGGGUAAAGCCGGGGUCUGUAGUAAAGCAGGAGCCCCAGGAGGAGGGCCUGAGACCUGGGCAGCAGCAGCAGCAGCAGGCAGGUGAGCCUGGUCUGGCUCUCUCACCAGAUGGGCCUGGGGCUAGUCCUGAGCCUCCCACCCCCCACCUCACCCGACCAGAGGAGGAGAGAGAGAGAGGCCUGCUGGAGCAAGACAUCAGUGUCGCCGUGGCUUCUGAACUGCUCAGGAGACUGUCUGAGAAGCAGGAAGUGGUGGUCCAGGGUUUAAAGGUGAAAGAGGAGGAGGAGCCUAUGGAGGUUGACCCCCUGACCCCUGACCCUGUCCUGACCCCAGGGGAGCGAGUGGAGCCCGGGAGGGGCGAGAAGACACCACCCCCUGCCCCCCUCCUCCCUGAAGAAGAUGAGGAUCUGUUCCAGAGAGAUCUCUUCUCCCAGGACAUCUCAGUCAAAAUGGCCUCUGCUCUCCUCUACCAACUGUCAG